AUGUCUGGAUUUUCAGUAGCAGAUUUAAUAAAACCAACAUUAGAAUCACUGAAUUCAUCUGAAGAAAAACUAUUUAUUAAAGAAACAAUGAAAAGAAAUAUCGAUGAAAAGAAUAGUUUCCAACUUAUCAAUAAUAACAUUAUAAAUAAUGAUAAUAAUGACUGGUCGGUUAUGAUUGUUCCAUUGAACUCAUCCGAAGAACAUAAAAACAUAAUACAUAGAAUAACUUCAACAAGGAAUGAUAUUGUUAAGAAAAGUCGAAUUGAAAAUAAUAACAUUUCUAAGUCAUCUAAUCAAAGUAGUGAGAAUUUAGUUUCGGAUUCAGAAAUUACAUUGAAUUCAUUACAAUCUACUUCACAGAUAAAGUUUGAUGUAAAUAAUGCCAGUAAUAUUCUUAGUAGUAAUAAUAAUAAUACUGAUAUAGUUUCAGAAUCAUCUCCAGCUAUAUUUGCACAAUCCUUUAAUUCUAUUAACAAUUUAUCAAAGGAGGAAAUUACUAUUCAAUCAAUCAAUAAAAUAAAUCCGGACGCAUCAAUAUUUUCAGGGUCAACUCAGCGAACCAUCUCGAAUGAUCUUACUUUAUUCCCAACUGUAAUUUCUUCGUCGUCUCCCUUAUCUUCUCUUACGAAUUCUUCUUCUUUUGGGUCUAAUACAGAAGAACAAUUACAAAUAUUACUAAAGUUACAUAACUUAUUCGGAAUAACCAGCCCAAAUAAAUCCAUUUCAAACAAUAUAAAUUUAACAAAUUUAAAUUCUGCAGACAAUAAUUUUAAUGAUCAACUUUUUCUCAAUAAUAUUUUACCAAACCCAAACCAAAAUUCACUUGGGCAAAGUAAUCCCAACAUAUCACUGAAUUCAUAUCCUGAAACGAUUGUACCAUUUAAUUCAUCAUACAUAAUGUCUGUAAUGAUGAAUACUAUUUUAAAUAAAGAACAACUGGAAGAAUUAACUUCUUCAGCUUCAUCCUCUUCUUUGUAUCAACCUUAUUUAAAUUAUCUACAUCAUCAAAAUUAUCUUGAACAACAGCAACCUCAGCAAAAACAUCAACAACAGUUACGUCAUCAACAAUCGACUGAAUUGAAUUCACAACUAACAGCAGUAAACCGAAAUCGUUUGAUAGCGAAUUUUUUAAAAUCACGUUUUAUGUUAGACAAUAAUUGUGGACAAAAUGUUUUUCAAGAUUUAAAUGAAAUAGCUAAACUUGAUCAUUCAAAUAUAUCAUUAAAUAAUUAUGAUAAUUUUAUUAAGAAUUCAAUGGGUCGUAACGUUUUGAUUACAUCCGAUAGUAGGAAACCAAAAAGAAUACGUACAGCUUUUUCACCAGCCCAACUAUUUCAAUUAGAAAGUGCAUUUGAAAAAAAUCAUUAUGUUGUCGGGCAAGAACGUAAAGAUUUAGCUACUGAUUUAAAUCUAACUGAAACUCAAGUAAAAGUAUGGUUUCAGAAUCGUCGAACAAAAUACAAACGUUUGCAUACAGAUGGUAAAGAAAUUCUAAGCGAUUCAAAUUCCAAAGGCCAAAAGUCAUUAUCAGAUAUCGAUGAAGAUAGUGAUGAUGAUGGUGAUGACGAUGAUGAUGAUGACGAUGAGGAGGAGGAGGAUGUUAAUGAUAAAUUAGUUAAAAAAGAUGAAGGAAAAGAUAAUGUUAUGAUUGAAUCUAUUCAUCAAAAUCAAAAUAAUUUGGAAUUUGAGGAUGAAACACAUUCAAAAUUUUCAAAUUCUGAAUCCUCUAAAAGAAUUAGUAUCAAUACGUUUCCAAUACAAAAUUCUUAUUCUAUUACAGAUAAUAAACAAUUUAGUCCUUCGAAAGAAUGUCAACAAUAUCUUGAUAAUUCAAGAUCAAAUAAUCCUUUAGGAAAUCAAAGAAUCAAUGAUUUAUCAGAAAAAUCCAAAAUAAAUGAUUAUACAAAAUACACAUGGAAUUCAUUUAAACAAAUACAUGAAAAUUUAAAUACAAAUACUGGAAUAGAACGAAAACAAUCGUCUAUUUUACAUUCAUCACAACAUCUAUUAAAUUCAGUAAAUCAAAAUUUAAAUUAUUUACAACAUUCUUGUAGAUAAACAUUUCAAAAAAAUAAAUAAAUAAUUUUGCAAUAAAUUACUUGUUUAACUAAUUUCUUGUCUUUAAAAAGAAAAAAGAACCACGAUUCAUUUUUAUUUAUCUUGUUACUAUGGUCUAUUCGUCUUAAAUAUACAUUUAUGCAUAUUUUAAAUUGAUAUAUAAUAAUGGUCAAUUAUGCAAGUAUUAUGUACUUUUAUCCUUAUACACAAAAAAGAAUUCAUUUAUUUACUUAAGAUAUAAUUUUAUCAUAAAUAUUAACCAAAGGAUUGAUUUUUAUAAUGUUCAUUACUUUCUAAUUGUAUUAAUACAUUCACUAAUGUGAAUACUGUUAUUCUAUGAAGUAAAUUAAAACAAAUCAUAUCAAUUUGUAAAAAAAAUUUUUACUUCUUUGAAAAAUAAACAACGAAAACAAACAAACAAAAAAACAACAAAAAGAACAGAAAUAUGAAGUUUUUCCUGUUCUACUUUUGUUGAUGAUGGGGUAUUCAUUUAAACUAAUCAUAAUUAUCGUUAGAAGUAAUUGGUUAUUUAUUGAAGAAUCAUUUAAAAAUUACAAAAUAAUAUAAAACAUUUUUAACUAUAUUUGAUUAAAC